CUCCUCCCUCCUAAGAUCAAGAUGGCGGCGUCGACCAGGAAGUAGGUAAACAACCGAACAGGGGUAGAAAAAUAUGGAUUAACCCCUCACAUUCACCACUACCGAUCAAGAACAGGCCAGAUUCAAAAAUCGUGUGGGGUCGUGAAAGGUUAUCGACGACAGGGGGUUUAAAUUAUCGCCGGAGAUCUGCCUGUCUGUCUGGCGACCUGGAAAUAAGAUUGUAAGAUGUUUACAGUGAAUAAAUACAGAGAUGGCUGGUGAUGGGCAGGGGUUUGGCACCAUGUUUCUGAUCAAAGCCUGAUGCCCUCUCUUGCCACGUCUGUUGUCAUGAACACGGAGGACUAUCUGCACCCUGAGGGCCCUCAGCUGGGGAGUCCGAGGUUUAGUGUAUCCAGUCCUCCCCUCGUGAGCUCCUUGGAGAGUCAGCUCUGUCCGUCAAACUCAUGGGCGUUCUCGCAGCAAACUCAAUACAACCAGCACUAUCCUAUGCAACCUGGGAGGCCGCUCCAGUCGAACCAAUCCUCUGUGAAUCUGGACCUGUCUGACAUAGACUUUCACGACCUUGUGCGGAACGGAGAUUUUACCCAGGAUCUGUCAUGUAUAGACGAGCUGUCCAACACAUCACUGUUCUCCUCACCCUCUGACUCUCUUUCUGAGUACCCCGAGCCCUCAGGAUUUGGCAUCGACAGCCUCGCACAGUUACCCACUGAUGGUACUUCAGCACAGGGCUACUGGGACAUACCUGGACACAGUCAGAGACAGCAGACCCUGGCUGUUUUUCCUAGUAAGCUGGAUGGCAUACUGUCCACACCAGUUGCUGGAUUUAAGGUUCCCCCGCCUUCACAGGACGAAGAGGAGGAGGAUGAGGAAGACACAGAGGAGUUAGGGCACGCCGACACUUACGCUGAAUAUAAGCCAUCCAAAUCUACUAUUGGAAUCUCUCACCCUGACUUCGUGGUAGAGACGAACACGCUGUCCAGCGUCCCUCCUCCUGACAUCACAUACACCCUCUCCAUUCCUCAGACGACCAUAAACUCCGGUCUGCUGUCAGCACUGCAGCUGGAGGCCAUCAUAUACGCCUGCCAGCAACACGAGGUGAUUCUUCAGAACGGUCAGCGAGCAGGAUUUCUAAUAGGAGAUGGUGCCGGUGUCGGGAAGGGCCGUACCGUGGCUGGAAUCAUACUGGAGAAUUUCCUAAAGGGACGGAAAAGAGCAUUAUGGUUCAGUGUCUCAAAUGACCUAAAGUUUGAUUCUAUGAGAGAUCUCAACGACAUUGAUGCUCCCAACAUCCCUGUUUUUGCUUUAAAUAAGAUUAAAUAUGGUGAUACGGCUACCUCAGAAGGCGUUUUGUUCGCCACAUACUCGGCACUGAUCGGAGAGAGCCAGGCUGGCGGGCAGCACCGCACCAGACUCAAACAGAUCCUGGAUUGGUGUAAACCCAACUUUGAUGGAGUUAUUGUGUUUGAUGAAUGCCAUAAAGCUAAAAACGCAACCUCCACCAAGAUGGGUAAAGCGGUGCUUGAUCUUCAGAGUAAACUUCCCCGGGCAAGAGUGGUGUAUGCUAGUGCCACAGGUGCUUCUGAGCCAAAGAAUAUGAUCUACAUGAGCCGACUGGGCAUCUGGGGGCAGGGGACACCAUUUAAAACGUUUGAUGACUUCCUGCAUGCUAUUGAAAAGAGAGGUGUUGGUGCAAUGGAGAUUGUAGCCAUGGAUAUGAAAGUGAGUGGCAUGUAUAUUGCACGACAGCUGAGUUUUUCUGGUGUGUCCUUUCGUAUAGAGGAGAUAACUCUGGAUGAAGAGUUUAAACUGGUCUACAACAGAGCAGCUAGACUGUGGGCUGAAGCUCUGGAGUUGUUCACUAUGGCUGCAGACACUUUGGGUUUGGUGUCGCGUAAGUCUUUGUGGGGUCAGUUCUGGUCGUCACAUCAGAGGUUUUUUAAAUAUCUCUGCAUCGCUGCUAAAGUUCGUCGUCUGGUGGAGCUCGCUGAGGCUGAGAUGCAGCGCGGCAAGUGUGUCGUGAUUGGCCUGCAGUCCACCGGAGAGGCUCGUACUCGUGAGGUCCUGGAUGAGAACGAUGGACAUUUGGACCGAUUCGUAUCUGCUGCUGAGGGUGUUUUCCACUCGCUAGUCCAAAAACACUUUCCAACAGAGAAGAGAGAGAAAACUGCCACCAACAAGAGGAAACGAAAACCCAAGAGUCGGCCUUUAAAACUUCCAAAGCACUGUGUUGAAAUGGGCGGCGUUAUUAAAAUCAGUGAUGAUUCAGACUCUGAUUCAGAUGACAUUGACAGUGAAUCAAAUUCCUCUCCUGAAUCACUACAAGAUAAUGAUGAUGUGAUUUUUGUCAACCACAUUAAUGGACCUACAGCUAAACUAGAAGAACUGAAGCAGAGGCUGCUGGGUAAAAUAUCUGAGCUGGGUAAAGAGCUGCCACUCAACACACUUGAUGAACUGAUUGACAGGUUUGGAGGACCAGAGAGAGUUUCUGAGAUGACCGGGCGUAAGGGCCGUGUUGUGCGGCGUCCUGACGGUAGCGUGCGAUACGAGACCAGAGCCGAACAAGGCCUGACCAUCGACAAUGUUAACAUCAGAGAGAAAGAGAGAUUCAUGACAGGAGAGAAGCUUAUAGCCAUCAUCUCUGAGGCUGCCAGCUCGGGCAUCUCUCUACAGGCAGAUAAACGUGUGCAGAACCGCAGGAGACGAGUUCACAUGACACUAGAGCUGCCGUGGAGCGCCGACCGGGCCAUACAGCAGUUCGGUCGAACACAUCGCUCUAAUCAGGUUACUGCUCCGGAGUAUAUCUUCCUCAUCUCAGAGCUGGCGGGAGAGAGACGCUUCGCUUCUAUUGUUGCCAAGAGGCUGGAGAGUCUGGGAGCGUUGACUCACGGUGAUCGGCGAGCCACUGAGUCCAGAGAUCUGAGCCAGUAUAACUUUGAGAACAAAUACGGCACCAAAGCGCUGGAUAAGAUCACUAAAGCCAUCCUGGGACACAUUGACAAUAAAGUCCCUCCACCCAAGGGUUAUCCAGGAGGAGAUCUCAUGUUCUUCAGAGAUGUGAAGAAAGGUAUGAUCGAUGUUGGGAUCUUCUGUAAGGAACCUCGUCUCAGUCUGAACACAGAAAAAGACUGCACCAUCACCAAAUUUAUGAACCGGAUUUUGGGUUUGGAGGUCCAUAAGCAAAACUUUCUGUUUCAAUACUUCUCUGACAACUUUGACUAUCUCAUCAACAAGGACAAAAAAGAGGGAAAAUAUGACAUGGGAAUACUGGAUCUCGCUCCUGGUAAUGAUGAGAUUCACGAGGAAACCCAAGAGAAGUUUCUGACCCCGGGUAACCCUCAGGAGGGUCAGGUGAUCCUAUAUAAGAUCAGUGUGGAUCGGGGAAUGCCCUGGGAUGAGGCCUGCAGUAAAGCUGAGAAACUGGCUGGAGAUUAUGAAGGGUUUUAUCUUUCAAAUAAGUUACGUGGGAGCCAGCCGUGUGUCCUGCUUGCCGAACAGGGUCGUGGACGAAACCUCAUCCUAUAUAAACCCAACAUCGGUAAACAGGCCCAUCCUGAGAAUCUAGACAACCUCCUCCUGAGAUACUACAAGGUGACGCCUGAUGAAGCCAAACAUUAUUGGGAGAGUCAGUUUGUCUUUUCUUUCACUAACUGCAGCCACGCCAACUGGAAGGGUAAGUGUAAACAGAUCGAGCAGGGUCAGGAGUGUUUCUUGGGGAUGCGUCUCAGACAGUAUCACAUGUUGUGUGGCGCUCUGCUGAGGGUUUGGAAGCGAGUUUCUGACAUCGUCUCUGACGUCACCAACUCCAGCAUCCUGCAGAUUGUACGACUCAAAACUAAACAGAACAGCAAACAAGUCGGUAUAAAGAUCCCAGAGAACUGUGUGUCCCGCGUGCGUGCCGAGCUCUCUCGGAUGGACGAGGAAGUAAAGAAAGCGCGCAGGGAGAGAGAACGGUUAGCUAAUGAGGUGCGUCUUCGGCAGCAGAUGAUCAACGCCCGAAAACUAUACGCCAACCCGUCCCAGUCCCUUUCAAAACAACUUCUUUACACACAAUCACGCCUGCCACCGAUACAGCUGCCAAAGAACGAGUCCAUCAGUGAGGUCUUGGAUCUGACCAUCAGCCCGUGCCCGUCCCCAGACAUUAAAACCCCCAGGUCAGACGCAGGGAUCAGCCUGAACGGCGUGUGCCUGAACGGAGGGGUCGCGGGCGGGAAAGGACGUCCUUCUGUGGUUGCUCCGGAGACUUUUGACCUGGAAGAACUCAUCUCUCUAGAGAGGCACAGGCCAGCGGCAGUGAACCCAAACAUGCGGAUAUCAUCGUCGUCUCACGGUGCACUCGGUGUGUUGAGACAGCCGCCGGCGCAGCAGCAGCACGUUCAGACGCUAAAGCAGAGUCAUUCUGCGCUAGGUGUGUUGACCCAACAGCAUUCGCAGCAAAGCGUUCAGGGCUCGACAAGUUACGGCGCGCUUCUGUCGCAGCGACACGGAGGGCAGGAGAUGUCGCUAAUGAUGCAACGUCUCGCACAGAUUCGGCAGCGAUCCGGUGCGCCGUCACAAUCUACACGCCUACAGCAGAAUACUACACACGCAAACAUGCUGACAAACACCUCACACACACUUGGCACACACGCGCUUGGGUUAAAACGACCGAUGCAGUCGCACAGGAGCGAACAACACGCGCAGCUUCCUUCAGGCAGAUCUCUGCAGCCGCAACUCUCGCAGUCGCACGCGGUCAACAGUCAGUCUGCUCCUGAAAGAGGAGCCAAUCAGAGCAAUGGCUUCGAUUUUGACUCUUUGGACUUCGGUUGCCCUUCGCCGCAGUACCCGUUCGCCUCACAAGCCCCGUCGUCGUCCUCCACCCCUCCUCUGCCUUUUUCUUCCUCCCUUUUCACUUCUGUUCCUCUAAACUCCUCGAUGUCAGACUCUAGCUCCUCCUCCUCGCACUUCACACCGUCUUCAUCCGAACAGUCGCAUCUUAUGUUGCCCAACGGCCACUGCAGUAUGGACGUCCUGGAUGCGCGCGAGACGCUGGAUCACAUGAUCCACGGAGGCCCCUCAGAUCACCGUCAGUCCGUCAUUCAGUUCAGAUCCGUGGACUGGGACGCCACCUAGAGGUUUAAUUUCUGGCAUUCAGACGUUCUUCAUCAUCAUCAUCAUGUGUUAUUUGGGUUUAUGAGGGUCUGUUUGUUUUUUUCAUGUCAUUCUCAGUCCAUAAGCUAGCUCUGGGAAAGUUUUGGUUUGCAGACGUUCAGUAAAGACAGCUGUGUGUCUUAUUUAAAGCGAUAGGACUGUUUCACAGCGGAAAGAAAGGUAAAGUAAAUGUUUAUUUAUUCAGAUGUCUCCCCACACACGUCGUGAUGUUUCCUGUUGUUUCCUAUCAGAGGAGGUUCGUCUGCCUCUUCUGUUCAUCAGUGCCUUGAUCUUUUGUGUAUGUGUGUGUAUUUCUCUAAACAGAGUAGUGCUAUAUUAUUUAUUUUCAUGUACUGACUGUAUGAUUUCAUAACUGCUGUCUAAACCCUGUGAAUAUUUCUCCUCAUCUUCUGCAUUUCAAUAAUCUGAACACAAAGACGGAUCUUUCACGAUAUAUAUAUAUCGGCUGCAAACGUGUCGUCGGUACACCUGUGUGCUUUCGGCUCGGCUCUGUGUAAUUUCUCAGGUAUGGUAUAGACUCAUCACUGUCCAGACUAAUGGUUAUUUUAUAAAAUAUUAUACUGAGGAUGGAUCUUGGGGAAUUGGAAGCCAAAUUAUUUAUUAUGAGAUCUUAAGAAAUUGUGAAGAGACUUCUCUGAACCACUGGACCUCCACGUCUUUCUGCAGUGAGACUUAGCAAUAAAAACCAAAUGAAUUAUAUUCAUAUAUACAGUAUGAGCGUAUAUAUAUAUAAAUAUAUAUGAAUAAAAUGCUGCCCCAUGAACAACUUGAGGCUCACAGAUCAUGAGGUUCAAGCGAUUAUCUUUAUAUCUGUCGACAGUAAUAUUUUUGUGUUUUAAGAAUCUUAUAUUUGUUAAGAUAACCCGGGAAAAAUGUGUUUGUUUGUUUGUUUGUUUGUAAGAGAUCACCUGUAUGAGGUCAAUGUUUGUUUUUCUUUUGGUCUUGUAUUCUCAUGUAGUUGGAAUGAAAGCAGAUGUGUUGAUGUCUUUGAUAUUGCUGUAUUAUUAUUAUUAUUAUUGUUGCUAUUUAUAUCCGAGGGACAUUUUUAGUAGAGGUAGAAUUGGUUAUAAUCACAUGUAGAAGUUCAAACACUUUUAGUCUCGUCAGGGCUUCAUUUUUGUUUUCCUGCUCCCAAAAAUCCAGAAGGAGAGGCUGUGAGUAAAAUGACUGCGCUGCUGUCUAACUCCGAUCUUUCAUUUCUCUCGACUUUUAAUUCCCAUCACACCAAAGGUUUUCUGUGCAGUCUUCACAUGUUCGCGUUUAAUCUCAGGAAUAGAGAGACGUGUGAUAUUGACUACUGUAUUUACAAGGCCUGACUAUCGUAUUCUAGACUAAAUGCAGAUUUAAGUAUUACCAGAAGAUCUCCUGUUUUUUACCAUACGAUCAGUUUGAGAUUUAGGCCAAUAUCACAUGAAGGAAACAUCGCUUCAGAUCUCUCACUGGCCAGAUUCACGUUUCUGAGUUUCUGUUGGUGUUAAGAAAUGAAAUGACAAAUAAAGACUUUAAUAAUAACUAACUAAACAUUUAUUAAACCUGCUACUGAUCAGAUGUAUUAUUAUUGAUGUUGAUCUUAUUAUGUUAUGUUCUUGUUUCCAGUUAGAUUUCUGUUCAGCACUUUUUACUUUCAGCUUCUUUGUUUUAUCUCAAUAUUUAUACGUUUAGAUGGAGCUGUAAAUAUUGUAAACAAAUGUGCCUUUUGACUCGUUCUGAACGUUUUCUACAUUUAACAGAAGGAAUAUAUUGUACUGCAAUAUCAGUUUUGUUAACAAACAAUAAAAUUUUAAGAGUUUGUUCAAAUGUA